AUGGCUUCAACCAUGGCUUCAACCAUGGCUUGGGAUCUCGAGCCGGCAUGCCAGGUGCUCUUCUGGUUGGAGCGGGUGGCGUUCUUCGGCGCCUACACGCUGGCGGUGGCGGCAUUCCCGGCGACUUGGCGGUUGGGCAUCGCGCUCUCGUUCGCCUUCCAAUUCAUGUCUUUCGGGCGCGCCGUUAUCCAAUCGGAAAAUCCAGGUUCGAAGAGAGAAUCGAAGAUUCUCUAUAUGACAGAGCACGCCGCGGCGAUCCUUCUUGACUUCUACUUGAAGUCCGGACAGCCGCCACCUCUCACGAUGGCCCUCCUCCUUUUCGAGGCUUCCUGUGCGAUUCGCCUAUUGCGGGCGUGGUGGGCCAAGCAUUCUGGAGAGGUCGCUAAAGUUUUUUGGGCGAAAAUAUUUGAUGAGGAAACCGAGAAGACUGAGGAUGGAAACAGCGACGCUAAGCCUGUGGAGUCUAAAGUUGAGCAAGAGGGUGCUCGGCUGGAGAGCCCCGAGAAAGAGGCUGUGGAAGGGGCGGGCCUCGAAGAGAAGACUUCCAAGGGACAUGUUGAUAAGUUGGAGGAGACUGUUAACUGGGCUGCUCUUUGUGAAGCCAAUGAUGAGCAGAUGCUGGACACUUCACAAGCAAUGAGCGGAAGCAGGAUCCCCGGGGAGCCACCGCUCGUGCAGCCACAAGAGAGCAGAGCGGGAGACGAAUCACGCCCUUCGAAGAAACCGAAGCAUGAAUGCGUGCCACCUUCUGCACCCAGUGUUGGGAUGUGUCGCGAGUACUUACAGAUUAGGGGCGAAGAAGACUGCUGCAGCCUGGGAAGAGGAUACUACACGAGCCCUUGGGCACGCGAAAGGGAUUAUCUGGUGGAGGAGCUGGACAAGGCCAAGGGCGCUGUCAAUAUGUACCAACAGCUCGCGGAUGGAUAUAGCAAGGACAUCCACAAGCUGACCAUCAAGAGGCUCGAACUUGCCUCGAAGCUUGAGGACUUGACUGCUCGCCACGACAUCGUCUGGGCAGAACGGGAGCUGCUUCGCAAAAGCUUCAAAGCUCUGUUGGACUGCACUUCCAACUUGGCCAGGAGGACAUGCAGUGAGGCGUUGUGCGCUGAGUACUACAAGCAGUGCUGCCUUGAGUACAGCGAAGGGAAGGGCCUCCUCCAGGAGGAGAAUGCUCGGCUUGAGGCCGAGGUGGAGGAGUUGAGAAAGCAGCUCGAUGAGUCAGAGUGCAAGCGCCAGGCCCUCGAAGAGAAUGCUCGGCUUCUGGCUGAGACAGAGGAGCUGAGGAAGCAGCUAGACGAGUCCGAGUGCAAGCGCCAGGCCCUGGAGGAAGAGAAAGCCAGCCUCGAUACCAACCUGAGCGGCGCGAUUGCCCUGUGCGAGGUCUAUUGCUUCGUGCUAAAGUACAUAUCGCUUUUCAAUAGAGUCAAUACCUAG